AUGGAACCAUACGCAUCAGUCAAGGCGGUAUACAACGAGCUGCCGGUUUUCAAGCCGCUCAUUCCCACUCCGGCGCUGCCGACUAUCGCGCUCGUCAGCCUCGUUACCGCGUUCGCACUCGUGUUCUUCAUGACGACUCAGUCGUCGCGCAAGUUCAACGCGACCGAGGUGCCUAUCGCGAUGCUCGCAGCUGCGCUCACGGGCGCUGGCACGGUCGCUCUAUUCUGCACCGUUGGCGUCAACGUGUAA